AUGAAUGAAACACGAAGACUCAUAGAUGUCGCUGCUGGUGGAGCUUUCAUGAGGAAAAGUGCUAAUGAGGCCUUUGAAUUACUUGAAGAGAUGGCCAUGACUAACCAACAAUGGUCAACAGAAAGAGGUCCAUCUAAAAAAGUUGCAGGUAUGUAUGAAGUGGAUGCUAUUACCAAGUUGACAGCUCAGGUAGAGGCCCUAACAAAAUUGAUGUCUAUUCAAGUAAAACAAGCUCAAGUGGUCUGUGAGCUAUGUGGAGGUCCUCAUCCCUACUCAGAAUGUCAAGAAGAUGUGAAUGAUUUGCCAAUGGAUGAAGCAAAAGCCAUUGGAAAUUACUCUCACAACAACAACCACUAUGGGUUUAAUCGAGGUAAUCGAAGAAAUAGUGGGUUCUAUCAACAGAGAAAUCAGAACCAGUCACAGAACCAACAACAGACUCAACAACAAAGCUCUAGUGGAAAUUCUGGUCUUCAGACAGAUUUUUUAUUGCAAUUCAUGACAGAGACGAGAUCUUCCAUUAAAGACUUGGAAACUCAGAUGGGGCAACUAGCAACUCAGAUAGCAACUCAUCCUCAGGGAAACUUGCCUAGUACAACCGAAGUGAAUCCUAAAGAAAACUGCAAGGCAAUCACCUUGCGAAGUGGAAAGAAAUAUGAGGUGCCUGAUAUGGUACAACCAGUGGAUGAAGAAAUUAAAGAUGAACCGGUAACAACCCCAACAACAACAAAGAAGAAGACUACUGACGGUCUUCAACAAAAAGAAACUCCAACUCCCAUCAGCAUUGACCAUCACAUCAAAAUUCCUUAUCCUCAAAGACUUCAGAAGAAUAAGAUAGAUAAGCAGUUUUCAAAAUUCCUUGAAAUAUUCAAGAAACUGCAUAUCAACAUCCCAUUCUUAGAGGCUUUGGAACAGAUGCCAACUUAUUUGAAGUUCAUGAAAGAUAUCCUAUCUAAGAAAAGAAAGUUGGAAGAAUUUGAGAUGGUGGCACUUACUGAAGAGUGCAGUGCGGAAGAUGAGAAUAUGCCAAUCAUCUUGGGAAGACCAUUCCUAGAAACGGGAAGAGCAUUAAUUGAUGUACACAAGGGGGAGUUAAAGUUGCGUGUUCAAAAAGAAGAAGAGACUUUCAAGGUAUUUGCCGCAACUGAAAUUCCCACUUGUUGUCGACUGGAAGUUGUAAAGGAUGGUCGAGAAGUAAUUACCAACAAGAAGAAAGGGAAGUCUAAAGAACGAUUUCGAACGUUUCGACGCCGUAUGAAAAGACUGUUGUGUGGCAAUUAUGAUGGUGACUCUCAAUCUAAGGAAAGCUUUUAA